AUGGGUCUAUUUGAUCGGCUUGCUGACAUUUUAGGUUUGCGCAAAUCGGAAGUUACUGUUUUAGUUAUAGGACUUAAUAAUAGCGGAAAAAGUACUCUAAUUAAUAAAUUCAAAACGCAGGAGCAGCGCACCAUGAACGUUGUGCCUACUGUCGGAUUUAGUGUGGAGAAAUUUCAAACUAACAAUGUGGAGUUCACCGCUUUUGAUAUGUCUGGACAAGGUAGAUACCGAUCAUUGUGGGAACAUUACUACAAAAAGUGCCAAGGAAUUAUAUUUGUUGUAGAUUCUAGCGAUAUACUACGUUUAGUUGUCGUUAAAGAUGAGUUAGAUUUGCUUCUACAACAUCCGGAUAUAUGUAAUGAUAUAUGUAAUAGAAAAUUACCAAUAUUGUUUUUUGCGAAUAAAAUGGAUUACGCCGAUGCUUUAUCGAGCGUAAAAAUAGCUUCAGGUUUAGGAUUGGAGGCUAUAAAAGACAAGCCAUGGCAUAUUAGUUCAUCAAACGCAUUAACGGGCGAAGGUCUCCAAAAUGGAGUUGAAUGGUUAACUCAACAAAUUAGUGAUUGUUUGCCCAAACAAUAA